GCAGCGAGUGUUCUGUGUUUGCGCAGAUCUCAUCUCAGGUCGUCCGGCCGGAGACGACGAGACGACCACCGCCACCAUGGCGCCGUCCCUCCCCACCUCCAUCCUACUCCUUCUCGCCGUAGCCUUCACCGUCGUCUCCGCCGCUACCUCCACCUCGCCGACUGCGCCGGAGGACGGCAUCCGGGUCGUCUCCGCCGAGAAGAGGAUCGACCUGACUGGACCCAUCGUCAAGGUGUACCUCACGCUCAAGGUCCAUAACCCAGCCACUGGCUCUGAUGCGUCGCACGUCCUCAUCGCGUUCACGCCCCUGGAGGCCCAGCACCUCGCCAUCGUCAAGGCGACCAGGGCCGAGGGGAAGCGCAAGAAGAAGGUCUACGUGCCACUUCCAGUGGAGCCCGUCGAUCUCGCUGCCAAUGCCCCGGACGGCGCUCGCCUCUACUCUGUUUCGCUGAGCGCACCGUUGAGACCCUCCGAGACGACUACCAUGGAGGUCUUCUACGUGCUGACACACUCCCUGGAGCCCUUCCCGGCGGAGAUCACGCAGUCGGAGUCCCAGCUGGUCUACUACCGCGACAGCGCAGUUCUCCUGUCGCCGUACCAUGUCCUGGAGCAGGUCACCUACGUCAAGAUGCCCAGCAACAGGGUAGAGUCUUUCACCAGAGUGGAUCCCACCUCUCGUUCGGGCCCCGAAGUGAAAUAUGGCACGUACAAGGACCAGCUUCCGUACGCCUACUCGCCCAUACUCCUGCACCAUGAGAACAACCAUCCGUUUGCGGUUGUCGAGGAGCUUGUGCGCAAGGUGGAGAUUUCUCACUGGGGGAAUGUCCAGGUCACCGAACAGUAUAAAUUGAAGCAUGGAGGUGCUCGGCACAAAGGAGUCUUUUCAAGGCUCGAGUAUCAGGCGAGGCAAUCUAUCAGUGGAGCAUCAUCGUUUAAGAAUCUUCUUGCAAGGUUGCCUCCUCGAGUUCAUUCAGUUUACUAUCGUGAUGAGAUUGGUAACAUCUCCUCAUCCAAUCUCCGUACUGAUUCACACAAGUCAGAACUAGAAUUUGAGCCAAGAUAUCCAUUGUUUGGUGGCUGGCAUUGCACGUUCACCAUUGGCUAUGGUAUGCCGCUGCAAGAUUUCCUGUUUGAGUCAGAAGAUGGUCGACGUUUUGCCAAUCUAACAUUUGGAUGCCCUCUAUUGAAUACCGUCGUUGAUGAUCUUACUAUCAAGAUUGUGCUUCCCGAGGGAUCAAAGAGUCCACAAGCCGUUGUUCCUUUUCUGACUGAGCAACAUCUUGAGACUAGUUAUUCCUACCUUGACGUUGUUGGGAGGACAACAGUGGUGCUGAAGAAGAAAAACGUAGUAGGAGAGCACAAUGUUCCUUUCCAGGUGUAUUACGAAUUCAAUCCAGUCUUCAUGCUGGCGGAACCGUUGAUGCUGAUAUCUGCGGUGCUGCUCUUCUUUGUUGCCUGCAUCGCCUACCUUCACAUGGAUCUUUCCAUCGGGAAAUCGCAAGCCUCUUGAAGUAAAAACUGUUGUGGAUCCACGAGGGAAUUUUGAUGUGUUGUCCUGUGCUGCUAACUAUCAUGUGUGAUGAUCCGACCCGUGGUGUAUUAGUUUCUGAGAGUUUUGUAGAACAAGCAUGAUUGUUGUAGGAACGAGACAGUGAGCAUCACCCGCGGUGUAUCUGCGCAAAUCUGUAUUGGAUGUUGAUGCAGAACUAUUUGCUGAUCAAGUUGUGAUCUGAUAAUAUAGCCAAUACAACAUAUUAAAAACAA